AUGCCGCCCAAGAAAGAGCCCCAGCCAAAGACGCUCAACCCUGAGUUCCUCGCCAAUACCAACUUCCCGGCCGCCGCUUCCACUUAUGCCGCUCUGAUGACUGCCCUCAUUGCCCACUCGGAGCCCAGCUGCGACUGCGGUACCCCCCAUCCGCCCAUCUCCUCCUCGGGACGCAUCGAGUCCGCCCUCGCGAAGAAGUGGGUUAGCCUCACCAAAGCUGUCAACGUCGGUCUGAGCCACGUCCCCGCCGGAACCAUCAAGAGUGCGGACACCCUGAUUCCCUCCCUGCACAAGAUCUUCGGCCAGGCACUCGAGGAGACCAACGUCAAGGUCUGCCCUUGGCGCGGGUGCGACGCCAGUACCGUCGACGCCGCAGUCUAUGCCCAGCACCUGGCUGAUGAACACGGCAAGGCGACCAAGUGCGAAGUCGAGGACGACUUGGGCUUCUGCGGCCUUUCGCUCGUGGGGUACAGCGUGCACGCACAUCUCGAGCUGAAGCACGGCCUGAUCGCCACCAAAGCGAAGAAGUAG